AUGACGCCCGCCGCACAGUUUGACGCCGGUGUGGAGCCACCCGAAUCGCAAUGCCCAUUCUGCGUGAUCGCGACCGAGUACCCGGCCUACGAUCCUGCGACGCCGCCCCAGGACGACGCGACGCUCGAUCCGAACCGCAUCCCGACGCCCGCCUUUGUCGUGCUCUCGACCCCGACCCUCAUCGCUUUCCUCGAUAUCCUCCCGCUAUCACGCGGCCACCUCCUUCUCUGCCCUCGCUCGCACCGCCCGAAGCUCACCGAUGCCUCGCCCGAUGAGUCGGCCGAGAUGGGCCGCUACCUGCGCGUGCUGUCCAACGCGCUCGCCCGCACGACAGGCGUUGAAGACUGGAAUGUCGUGCAGAACAACGGCGCCGCCGCCGCCCAAGUCGUCAUGCACAUGCACUUCCAUCUCAUUCCGCGCCCUGAGAUCCGUGCGAGCGGCCGCUAUAGCGAGAGCUUCACCAUGUUUGGCCGCGGCCGGAGGGAGGAGCUGGACGAGGAGGACGCCGAGCACUUUGCCAAGGAGCUGCGGGAGAACGUGGCCGAUAUCAUGAGGGAAGAGAAGCACAAGUCCAAGCUUUGA